ACACACACACACACACACACACACGCACACACACACACACACACCACACACACACACCCCCAGUCAGGAUGAAGCUGAAAGAGGACCUGAACCCAGUGCUGCUGCUGCUCUUCCAGGUGACGGUGUGGCUGUACUCUGUCCUAGCCUUCCUCCCCUCCUACCUCUUCAGCUCUGUGUCAGAAUCAGACGCAGGCCUCGGCUCAGAACAGGAGCGGGCUCAGAGACUCAAGGCCCGGUCUGUGACGGGUUGCCCCGCGGGGCCCUACAGGGCCAUGGGCGCCACAAAGAGGCUGGUGUCGUCCCUGCACCCCGGGGUGGACACACUGGAUAAGGUGUUUGAGGAUGCRUCCAGAAGGUUCCCUGACAGAGACUGCCUGGGCACCAGAGAGGUAGUCAUGGAGGAGGAUGAGAGACAGAGCAACGGAAAGGUCUUCAAGAAGGUGAUCCUUGGGCAGUACGCCGCACAGCGUGCUUCAUGCAAAAACUUCCCCUUGGUCACUCUGUACUCUACCCUGGGGGGUCCGGCCAUCACUCACGGUCUGAACGAGACAGAGGUCAGUCACAUCAUAACCAGCAGAGAGCUACUGGAGACCAGACUCAAGUGUGUUGGUCUGGUCUCAACCCAACACAUACUACUGCAUACAUUUAACAUGGCAGCUGUGCCGGAGAUUAUGGAUCGUAUCUAUAAGAAUGUGAUGACCAAGGUGGAGGAGAUGAGUAGUGCUCAGAGGACUCUGUUCACUCUGGCCUACAACUACAAGCUGGAGCAACUCUCCCAGGGACGCAGCACGCCACUGUGUGACAACUUAGUGUUUAAGAAGGUUCGGUCCCUCCUGGGGGGGAAGACCAGGGUGCUGCUGUCGGGUGGGGCACCCCUCUCUGCCGCCACCCAGCGCUUCAUGAACGUGUGCUUCUGUUGCCCCGUGGGCCAGGGCUACGGCCUCACCGAGACCUGCGGGGCUGGAACCAUCAGCGAGAUGUGGGACUACAGUACAGGGCGAGUUGGAGGACCACUCGUUUGUUCUGAAAUCAAGCUCAAGGAUUGGGUGGAGGGUGGCUACCACAUCACAGACACGCCCACCCCACGAGGUGAGAUUCUGAUUGGCGGGCCCAAUGUUACCAUGGGUUACUACAAGAACGAGUCCAAGAACCAGGACUUCUUUGUGGAUGAAAACGGCCAGCGCUGGUUCUGUACGGGAGACAUAGGAGAGGUCCAUCCUGAUGGAUGCCUCAAGAUCAUUGAUCGUAAGAAGGACCUGGUUAAGCUCCAGGCAGGAGAGUAUGUGUCUCUGGGGAAGGUGGAGGCCAUGCUGAAGAACUGCCCCCUUAUAGACAACAUCUGUGCCUACGCCAACAGUGAAGAGAUGUACGUGAUUGGCUUUGUGGUGCCCAAUCAGAAGCAUCUGCUGUCGCUAGCGGAGCAGUAUUGUAUCCGGGGCUCGUGGGAGGAGCUGUGUAACAAUGCUGCCAUGGAGGGGGUGGUCUUGCAGGUCAUCACUGAGGCUGCCCUAUCAGCCCAGCUGGAGCGGUUUGAGAUCCCCCGUAAGAUCCGUCUGAGCCCCGACCCCUGGACCCCCGAGACGGGCCUGGUGACCGAAGCCUUCAAGCUAAAACGCCAGCAGCUGAAAAGCAAGUACCAGGACGACAUCGAGAGAAUGUACGGCGGGAAGUAGGACCAGACCAGACCAGAACCUCUCCAAGCACAGAGCCAGCAUCUGCCUCAAGCCGCCCAGCUCCUUGCUCCAUCCUCUUAUCCCCACCCGACCCCCAACCCCCAUCCUGGACGAGCCACCAGAAGCACUCAAAUUACUUGAAUCUACUUUGUUCUCCUGAGACCAAAAAAGAUAGACAGAGAGAGAUAGAGAUAGAGAGAGACAGAUUGAGAGAGAGAGACAGAUUGAGAGAGAU